CAGAAACGUGUUGUCCCAUAUGUACUGACACUAUCAAGAUGAGGAGAACACGCUUUGCUUGGUAUAAACCAUGAACAUGUUUGUGUUGAAAAUCUCUCUAGCUAUCUAGCUGGCUAAAUGACUGGCUAGCCUUUUGCGACGGUGAAACUACUUUAUCAGCCAUAGUAAAUCUAUUUACGAUUGUUGUCAGUGGUAACUUAGCAACUGGAGCAGCUGUUUGAUCAAAUAUGUUCUCAUUGUUCUAUCUGUGGUAUGCUUAGCUAAAAUACCAAGUAAGCUCGCCAAAUACGUUGUGUCAGGUAUAUGAAAAAAGGUAAGAUUCACACGGAUAUUGAUUUAAAUGAAAAUAACUCAGUUGCAUGUAUACGUAAUUUCUAUACAUGUAGAAUGCAAUGUUUAGGAAGUCUGGAAGCAAGUAGCUAGCAGCAGCUAACAAGCUAAACAUGUUGUUAGUGUGCAAUAGUCAGCCAACCUAGUUAACUAGCUAGUUACAACUAAAAUGCACAUUGCAAGGAUAAUAACCACAGCUCUAUGUUGUCCCUUUACAGCAUUACCCAAGCUUACAAUGUGUGUCUGUCCAUCUAUUUGUUCCCCAGUUCCUGUUAGCUAGCUGUAACUACACAAUUGUCAAGAUGCCUCCUCAUCUUGACUGGAGUAGGGUAAUUGAUUCUGACCUAGAACAAAUGCAGGAGAGUGGAGAUGCAGAUAUAAUUAACCAAAUGUGUCUACAGGUAACGUUACAGUACUGUUCCAAAAUGCACAUACCUGCACCCCAAAUCCUCUUCUAAUCUGAUACUGUAUCAAUCAAAUAGUCCAAUCUAGUUUUGAUCGUGUUGAUAUGGAUGUAUGACCAUUGAAAUGAGUGGUUCUGCUACUGAUUUGUCCGUAAACCAUUCCCUACCAUUUCCCCUGGCCAGGAUCAAGCACCUGGCUUGUAGACUAAACAAACGUGUAAGCAAUUUGGUUCUCUGCUACUACCAGUGAGACAGGAACAUAUAUAGAAGACCAAGCAGUACUUGUUACUGGAUCUCUAGACACUGCUGGUCACAGGGUUUCACUUCAUUCUGCACCAAGCAUUACUGUUGACGUGUUUCUGCCUGAUGUUAAAUCCACUGUGUGUUUCACUGAACAGCUGGGGUGCCCUGUUUCUCUGCAGGUCAAACAAUGGGAGCUGAAAGAUGGAAUCCCAGAGGAAAAUAGUUCAGUUCUUGCGAGUCGCUCGGGGCCUUCUUUAAGGUGUCCCAUGCUAUUAUUACCCAUUCAGAUCCAGAGCUGCAUUAUUCAAACUCAUUACAACUCUUUGAUCCAUUCACAUCGCUGUGCUGAAAUGCAUUCCUAAUAUUAUUAGAUCCAGUGUUAAUAUCAGUAGAAUACAUUACAUAGUUGCUUUGAAGGAUAAGCUCUACACAGUGUGGUUUAAGUAAUAUAGUAGAGUUUGAUUAUAUUUGCAUCACAUAGUGUACAUGACCUGCGAGUAGCAACAGUGUACAGAAGGGGGGUGUCAAUGUAAAUAGUCCGGUGGCGAUUUUAUUAAUUGUUCAGUCUGUUAUAGUCAGUGUCAUGUUAUUUAUUACUGGUGGUACUGAUACAGACCCAAAAUCUUUAUAUUUGUCUGUAGUGGAAGAAAGUGGAGGUUACCAUGGCAUUUGAACUCAUUGAUAAUGUUGGCACAGAAGCAUUGCUGUUAAUUAAGCGUUGUUAAGUGUAUUGUUAGAAACGAAUUGCCCACAGUAGAUACUUUAACAGUAUCUCUUUUGUAUCUUACAGAAAAUAGGUGGAAGGCAAGGAAUUAAAGUGGGAACAAGAGUUUGAGGCUGUGCAAGAGCGGGACAAUCAAAUCAAGAUGCUGACAGAGCAAGUAUACGGGGGAGAUGGAGAGAAAUGCCCUGCUCAAAGAGGAACUCAAGAAUCCCCUGAAGAAAGACAGAGGGCACUGAUGGUCUGCAGGUGGCCAUCGCUGAGAUCAAAGAAUGUAAGAAUCAGAUGAGAGUGCGAGACGGAGGCCAUGACCACAGAUAUCAACCAGCUGGAAAUGAGAAUCAAUGCAGAUGUUAAGGAAAGUCUCGGUCUGGAGCCCCAAGAGGAAGUGGAUCUGACGGAAUUCAGAAGAACCGAAUCCCUGAAACAGCGGCAGUUCAAAGCAGAGAACCAGGAUCUCACCAAAGAGAUCGAACGACGGGGAGGGGAGGUACUUGAACUGAAGAAACAAAUCAGAGGAAUGGUAAAGGACAAAGGAAGAUGAGUUCCAGGCCCAGGGCAUUGGUGGUGGAGGAACAGAGGCCAGCCAGAUGAAGCAGGAAGCUGAUCUGGAGAAGCGCUUGGCAGAGGCAGGAGGGCACAACUAAGUAUCUCAACUGGAGGGAGAAACAGGCGCUGGCAGACAUCUUCAGCGCUAAGGAGGACCUCAAGUCUCAGAAGCAGAACAAAGCAGUGAGCCAGACUCUGACCCCUUCUGCAGCACCCAAUGUAUCAGCAAUCAUCCUACUUUUCUCAGGUAGCUGAGAUGUGAUCAGAAUAACAGACAAUAGCACCAUCUAGCUGUUGACCAGCUAAUGGUUGUCAGGCCAUGGGUAAAUUCCUCACUUACUAGUUAUUCAUUUGAUUUGAGUUGACUGACUUCUCCCCAGUGUCGAGCGAAUAAGAGGAGCUUUUUCCCUGUGCAUGAAGGAAUGACCAGAGGGUGAAGAUUCUGAAAAACCAAGAUGGCACUUCCAGGAACAUAAUGGUGAGGUUUAAACUACCAUUUGACAGGAUCAAAUCAAAUUUUAUUGGUUACAUGCAGAUGUUAUUGCGAGUGGAGCAAAAUGCUUGUGGACAUUAGUGAGUAAUAUACUCGGAAGUGGUGGGUGGUGUGCGCGCCUUCGAAGUCUGACCAGAAGACCGCUCUGUCUACGUCUUCUCUGGCAGUAUUGUUUUGUGUCAGCCUCUGGAAUCAGCUCAAAUUCCCUGGGAAGUUCGGACAAAGGACCCGCUUCGGGAAAGCCAUAUUCCUGGUCGUAGUGCUGGAAGGGGACCCCGUCUUAAUCUCCACACGAGAGCAUGGGUCCGAGGAUGCUGACAGGAGCUCAUCCAGGUAACCAAGCACAUUAUCAAAUUUGGCACUCAUAAGAUGCCUUGACCAUUUUUUCCCAGUGAGGUUGUUUUUCCAUUCCUUUAAAUAUUUUUGUUCCAAGUCAGGUUCAGUUUACAUGGAAUAUGCAGAUGUACAGUACUAAAUGUUCACACUUUUGUGACUGCUUCCUUUUCCCAAGAGUAUCUGCCCCCGCGAGUGGGGGGGGACAUCCACAGAGAAGCAGGAAAGACUGCAUUACACACAUCGUUCAGAAUAGCCUCUUGAUCUAAUGAUAUAUUGCAACAAUGUUUUGUUUGUUAUCCUUUUAUAAAGGGAAAAAUGUGAAGUCAACUUUCAUCAUGCAAAAUAAAGCCACAAUUAAUCAUAAUCGGCAUGAGAAAAUGUAACAUUUGAAUUAAAAUAGUGCAAAGGACAACAAAAAUGUGUCAGUGCUCAAGUAUUGGACUUUAUUGACGGUUAAGCAAUAUCAGUGCACAAUACUCAUCACUUGAAUACAACAUGAUCAAAAUCCAUUGCUUUCUACAUACACAUGGUUUGUGAGCACAUUGGCUAAUCUUGUUGGGCAAAGUGAAGAUGUUAUUUUAUGACUUCAUUAAGAUUUAAGUUCAGUAUGGUAAGCCUUUAUGCGCUAUACAACUUUCUCACAAGCUUUUAUUCGUCAAUUAAAAAUAAAGAUAUCGGUGUAAACUCAAUAUGCUGGGGAAAAUAUAUUCCUGUACCCCCACCUUUGACAAA